AAACGGUCUAUCGAUAUCCCAAUAUUAAUUACAACGCUUUACAACACAGUGCUAACGUCAACAAGAGCAACUGAACGAAAAAAAGUAAAACAACAAACACUGUAUAAACAGUUGGCAGCUAAAUAGCAGACGUAUACAACAGAGUGGCCAAAAGGCAGAAUGAAAACGUAAUAACAUUAUCGCCCUGUUACCGACUCAGGUGAACGCCGAAGCAAUCCAUUAAGCUACGUAUGUAGAUAACGUACGAGACAAAGAGAAAAAAAUAAAAACAACAUCGUAGUCUAACAUAUGGCAUGGCCACACAACAUCAAUAAAUUUCUAGAUAACGGCACAGCGUAAAAUACACUUUUGGCUAUUGAAUUGUACAUGUCUACUACAAUUGUAAUAAUUGUAUCUUGUUUUGCCUGCUUGGGUGUAAAUGAAUGUUCUUUAGAUAAUGGUUGCCCCUAAAUAUGAACGUCUCAACACCGGCGACGUCGAUGUCGGCGUUGGCAGCGACGCCUAUGGCGAUGACAACAACUCUGAGGAAGUUGAACUGAAGCUAGAAUUCACACAUAAUAAUUUAAGUCAAGAGCGUCGACAACUGCCGACGCAUGCGAACUUUAAAUACGCCAAGAAGAGCAGCAGCGGUGACAGCGACAACGGCAAAGGGAACGGGAACGGAAACGCCACGUCUGCAACAAACGACGGAAUGUCACGGCAUUCGGAUGCGCGUUUCAUGCAGAUGGCCAUUUCCACUCUGGUCACUGUGCUGCUGUAUUUAACGCUGUCCAUUGCACUUACUUUCUAUCAAACGGACAUCAUUCGAGAUCUGCCCAUUCCCCUGACCAUUGUCACGUAUCAUUUGAUCUUGAAAUUCCUGCUCGCUGCCUGCAUACGGAACGUGUACAAGAUGCGGAUGGGCAAGUCGCGGGUUCAGCUGGAUUGGCGGGUGGCUGUGCGUAAAAUGGCGCCAACUGGCAUUGCCAGCGGCAUUGACAUUGGCUUCUCCAAUUGGGGCCUUUUACUGGUGCCCAUUUCGUUGUAUACCAUGACGAAAUCAUCGACCAUUGUUUUUAUACUGAUCUUUGCCAUACUGUUGGGAUUGGAGCGCAGAAGCUGGUCGCUGUUUCUCAUUGUAGGAUUGAUUGGUCUUGGCCUAUUUAUGUUCACCUACAAGUCGACAAGCUUUAAUGCACUGGGAUUCGUCUUCAUACUCAUUGCAUCGCUGAGCAGUGGCAUUCGCUGGAGUUUUGCCCAGUUCAUAAUGCAGAAAUCAAAGCUGGGUCUGCAUAAUCCCAUUGAUAUGAUCUUUCACAUGCAGCCCUGGAUGAUUGCAGCCCUCUUGCCGCUGGUACUGAUCAUUGAAGGUUCUAAACUGCAUCAGGGCAUGGUGGAUCUGCAUAAACUAUCCGAGGAGGACAUCAUUUGGAAUAUUGCCAAGGUUACACUUGGCGCUCUUAUCGCCUUCCUCAUGGAGGUCACCGAAUUUCUGGUGCUAUGCAAAACAUCCAGUCUAUCGCUAUCCAUAGCGGGCAUCUUUAAGGAUAUCUGCCAACUGGCCUUGGCUGUGGCGUACAAAGGUGAUCAGCUGACUCCCAUCAACCUGGUCGGACUGGGCGUUUGUCUGGCCGGCAUCUGCUGUCACUUGUGGCACAAAUACUCGAGCAUUUCGCAGCUAAACAAGCAACAGCUGGCAUUGCAGCUGGACAACGAUGGCGAGGACAUGUCCGCUGAGUAUGAGUUCAACAAAGGCAGUGCCAUUGUCGGUGUCCAUGGCAAUGCGGCGGGAUCACGGGCACACACACUCAGUGUGCCGCUCCUGGAGCAAACCGACUCUGAGGAGGAUUCGGCCAACGAUUCAAUGAAUAAACAAAGUGCAUCCGAUGUCAUUUUCGAUGUGCUCAAGCGACGCGACAUGCAGCGAUGAGUUGACCAAGUUCACCAAAUUGACCAAUGACGGCUCAUUAGGAGAAACAGCCAGUCCAAUGUGUGAUUGUGUGUUUAAUAGAUGGUCAACGAUGAUCAGCACCAUCUUUGGCACUCUUGUAAAUGUUGUACAUUCUAAAACUCUUUACUUAGCGCAGCAAUUAAUCUACUACAUUCUUAUUAUAUGUGUAAUUUAAUUAUUAUCUCAACGUGAGUCUGCUUAGCGCAUCUAUCUACUAUAUAUAUACACCAUACUAUAUUAUACUAUACUUACAUUCCCUUGCAGAUCAUAUACUACGUGUGUUUGUAUAUAUCUAUUCCAAAUUGUCAGACUUGCCAUAAGCAAAUUAGUUUCUCCGCAAUUGUUAUUAAUUUAAAUGUGUUGCCAUAAGAACAAAUGUUCGGGUUCUUCAACCAAAUUGAAAAGACAUUAAGUUAACAUCUUAACUUUAAAUAUAUCUGCGAGGGUAUUUCAAAUUCGGUGCGCCGAAAAAUGCUACAAUUUGUUGCCUUUAAAAGUCUUACAUUCUUCCGAGUGAUUUUUAUUAGAUUUGUUCUAAGAUUACUUUAUCAAAUAGUAUAUGGUUUUUAGUUGGUUUUUUAGUUGUUAUUAACAUUGUUGAUUGGACACAUGUGCAAAUUAUUUUCAUAGAAAUUUAAUUUAGUUCUUAUCAGAAACUGGCUGAAAUUAUUUCCAACUUUAAUUAUAUAUUUUAGUUAUUAUACAUACGUAACUCUUAAAACCCAAUGAACUGGCAGCAAAACACACUUUGUAUUUAUACUUUAAGCAAAAUGCAAAUCAUUUUUAGGACUCUAUUAAAAAUUUUGAAUUUCAGGGCUCUAAAUAAAAGUGUAAGUGUAUUUAAAAUUGAAA